GUCUUGUUUUUGUUCCUACCGUUUGCCCCCCACCCACCAGGCCACCACCCUCUCUCUCUCUCUCUCGUUUCGAAUCGCUUCUUGAGAUGUAAAAAAAAAAAAAAAUCCGAUCGCCGGAGCUCGGAGGUCUGUAGGGUUUCCGGGCGCAGAUCUCGUCGCUGUCUUUCGCUCCUCAGCUGAGGCACUCGAGCUUCUGUUGAGCGAUUCUGCGGGGAUAUUUGUUUCGAGUUCUCUUGUAGUGUGUCGGUUCGUAGACUGGAGCAAUGUAUCGGAGCAGCAGAUCGAGAGGCAGGGAGAAGCUCCACCGGGCCGGCGGCGGGGUGAUGGCCGCUUCCGAUCCCAAGCCGUUCUCCGCUGAUCGUAAAGGACAUGCUCAAUUGAAAAAACGAACAAGUGCCUUGAAGUCAGCAUUGGAUUUUUCUCGUCGCAGUGGCUCUUCAAUGGAAGAAAAUUCUGUUGCCCACGAGUUCUGGCGAAGCUCAUCUAAGAAAGUCAACGGGACGCCUAUGAGAAUGCUAAUUGAUGAAGAGGUGUCAAAGGAUAUGGAAACUAGACAUUCCUCACCGAGUGUAAUUGCGAGAUUGAUGGGCCUUGAUACACUGCCUCCUAUGAUGGUCCACGAACAACAGAAGAAUAUGGGUAGUCGUUUCCAAACAGCAUCAUCUGUAGGGUUUCAAGAGAAGUAUGCAUCCUCUGAGGAUCAUUCACAUAGGAGUAGCACUGAUGAGCACCAAGAAUUCAAAGAUGUUUUUGAGGUCAUAGAGCCAUCAAAGGUCAAGAGUCAGAAGAACAAGCCAGUUCGAAAGGGGAUGGUAAGCUCUGAACAAAAUGAGGCAGACAUGGACUUGAUAAGGCAGAAAUUCAUGGAAGCAAAGCGUCUCUCAACUGAUGAAGUGCUUCAGAACUCUAAUGAAUUUAAUGAUGCAUUGGAAGUCCUAGAUUCCAACAAGGAUCUUUUCCUGGAAUUUCUUCAAGGACCUGAUUCUUUAUUUACAAUGCAUCUCCAUGAUCUGAAGUGUGCACCACCCUCUUCUCAUGCAAGCCACAUCACGGUUUUAGAAUCAUCUAAAGGUACUAAGUGUCAAAGCAGCGACGUAUACUUUAAAUCAGAGAGAAAUACUGGGAAGUUCACUCAUAUGCGACAAGAAGCUGACAGUUCUUUUAGGAAACCUGCAACUAGCCUUCUUAGUCACUCUUUCAAAGAUUAUAAUGAUUCACUUCCAAAAAAGUUGUCAAAGUCACGUUAUGUGGGUAAGGCUGAAGCUUCCGUUCAUCCCACGAGGAUUGUUGUUUUGAAACCAAGCCUUCACAAGAUCCAGAGAAUGGCAGAGGUUGCACUAACUGAUGAGAAUUUUCAGCUAGGCAACAGAAGGCGCAGUGAAUUUCCACUGUCUGGAAUUCAGGAGUCGUAUAUGGAAGGAAGAUAUCAUCAGAGGUUGUCUGAUAAUGUGGAAAUUUUGGGGCAUAAUGUAAAAAGCUCAAGAGAAAUUGCUAGAGAGAUAACUAAACAUAUGAAACGCACUGUAAGUUGCAGUAAUAGAGAAGUGUUCACAUCAGGACUGAACAUGUAUAACAGGAGCCAAAGUUCAUGUAUUCCGUCAGGCAUGUCCAAGAGCAACACCUCCAAGACAUUUCACCGCAUUUGUGACCACUAUGAUGACUGGAGGAACAAUUUCAGCCCCUCAUCAUUAUAUUCAGCUGAAUCAUCAGUGAGCAGGGAAGCUAGAAAACACCUGUCUGCAAGAUGGAAAAAGACCCACAAGUUUCAGGAGGUAGGACUUGUUGCCAGAGGCUCAAGCACAUUGGGUGAAAUGCUUGCUUCAUCUGACAGAGAGGACACUCUGGAUUCAUUAGUUAUUCAGAAAGUUCCAGGUAAAAAUUUGGCUAGAGAUGAGAAACUUGGGACAUCAGGUUGUCCAUUGGGUAUUAGCAGUAAAGAUGGCUGGAAGGAUGGGAACUCUAGAAAGUUACCAAGAUCCAAGUCUCUUCCAGCUUCAUCCACUGUUUACGGAAGUCCAAAAUUAAGCAACAGAAAUCGAGUAGGUGGAAACAAUAAUUGUUAUAUGCUAAAGGAUGUACUCAAUAAGGGCCCUGAAGAUUCUUCAGAUGGCAAUUUUUGCAGGCGAAGAAGAUCAUUGAUUCGGAGCUCUAAGAAUCACAGUAACAAGCCUCGAUUGUCUGAUUCUCAUGGAGAUGAAAAUAUGCUGCCUGAACAAGACAUUCAUGUGAAUUCAGAAGAAUUGAGGAAUAGUAUUCAUGGAAAACAUCUUGAUGAAAACAAGCUUGUACGACCUGCACACUCUGAUGAUGCUGUUUCCGACAGAAAAUAUCUGAUUGAGAGUUCCAUGCUUCCUGAUUGUAGAGAUGUUAUGCAGCUUUCCAUUACUCAAGAAGAGCUGGUGGAGCAGCAAAUAGCAUCUACCAUGCUAGCAAAUAAUGAAGGAUUUUCUGCUCAUAAUCAGGAUGAUAGAGUCAUAGAGGAACAAAUUCUGGGCAUUCAGGAAACAUCAACUGAGCAUCCUCAAGUAGAUUCCCUGAUCUCUCAGUAUGGUGCAAUGGAAUCAGGGUCACCUGUAAGCUCUAAGGAGUGCGAACAGCCAAGUCCAAUUUCUGUUCUAGAGCCUCCGUCUGAAGAAGAAACUUCAAGUUCAGGAUGCUUUGAGAGAAUCAGUGCAGAACUUCAAGAGCUUCGAUUACAACUUCAACUUCUUAAGCUGGAGUCAGCAGACACCUAUGCAGAGGAACCAGAGGUUCUUAUAUUGAGCGAUGAGGAUACUGGUGCAUGCUGUCACUCACCACUACUAAAAGGAUCGGUACUUCAAGCAUUCAGGGAUGAUGACGACAGAGACUUCUCAUAUUUACUUGACGUACUUAGUGAAUCUGGUGUUCAUGGAAUUAAUCAGGAUAGAAUCUUUGAUGCAUUCUACUCACCGAAUUCUCCAGUAGGCCCAGGUGUGUUUGACAAACUGGAAAAGAAAUACUGUGUGCUGGUUUUGUGGUCAAGAUCAGAAAGGAAGCUGUUGUUUGAUCUUAUAAAUAUCAUUCUAGUGGAUCUGGUUGCCCCGUGCAUGGAUCUGCACCCAUGGCUGGUCUCAAAGAGGUGCCAGCCCAUGUGGAACCAUGAGGGCCUUGCUGAAGGGGUGUGGCAGAUGGUGGUCAGACAACGAAAAGAGCUGGCCGGCAAUCUGGAGGAGGUGGUCCUGGAGCAAAGGUGGUUCAGUACAGAAGAAUAUGCUGAUAUGAUUGGAAGAGAGAUAGAGAAGAUAUUAAAUGAAGACCUCCUGGAGGAACUGGUUGCUGACUUCAGUUUAGGGUAGGUCUGGUAAAGCUCUGUUGGUAGAAGUUGUAGAUGUUAAGGCAUGCAUCACUGACUUGGUCACCACCCAUAUAAAGAUUGAAGUGGCUUGGCAUACCUUGAAGAUUGGAACUGAGACUGGGAUUAGCGUGCACCUAUUUCGGACGUCCUCCAUGAUACAAAUUUUGUUAAGGCUGUCACAAACUCUGUGGCAUCUCCAUCAGUCCAUUUAGUGACUCCAAACUCUGUCCAUCAUCCAGGGCAACUCUAUCUGCUUGGAAGGCUGGUAUAAAUCAUUAGUCACUGAUCAUCAAGUGCUGUUUAGCCAGCUAUUGUAAUAGACAACUAAAGGAUGAGGUAUCAUCCGCCAUACAAUCAGGUUGCCUUUGAGCUGAUGUCUGUAUUUGAUUCACAUUAUAUUGGAAUCUAACUUCUGCUACAAAGUAUAUAUAUAACAUCAGGAACUUUUGGAUUAUAGUGAUGCCAACUUAUUAAACA